AUGCAAGAGAUAUGCCGGUGCUCGGGUUGUAGAUUUUAUGACAACUUUGAUCCAAAAGUGGAAUUGUCAAACAAGAAAAUUGCAAUAAACACAACAACAAAACUUUCCAACAAAUACAACACAAUUCUAUUGGAGAAUAUGCAAGAAUCAAUACAAAUGAGGGUAAUGCCUUCAAGUGAGUGCUUAUACACUGUGAUUGAUAUGAUCAGGCAGUACAUUGUGUGUUUGAAAGAAGGAAUAUGUACUUGCAAGAAGUAUCAAAUUGAUGAAUUGCUAUGUCAACAUGUUUGUACAGUUUUGAAGAAGAAAUAUGUGCAUAGAGAAAAGUGUUUCUCCUUUUACUACACAAAGGAGUAUAUGCUUAAAAGAUAUGAAGUCCUUGUUGAGCCUCUUUCAGACGAGAGUGCAUGGGAUAUUCCUAAAGAGAUUCUAGAAGAAGUCGUGCUACCACCAAAGGGAAAAAAGUGUAGGAAGGCGGAGAAAGAAGAGGGCAAAAAGAUUUACAGAAAUAAAGAAAAAGCGGGCAAAGACUUCAUGUGCAUCCUGUGGGUAACAAGGGCAUAA